GGCUGGGACGGAAGAGGGUCGUCGAGGGCGCCCCCUUCCGGUUGCACCCUUGGAAAGCGGGGCAGGAAAGGAUUCUCUGGUCAUUCUCCCUGAAUCCUGCUCCUUCCCCAUGCCAGGACUCAAAGCAUGGCGGAAAACAGGGAGCCCCGUGGUGCCAUCGAGGCCGAGCUGGACCCCGUGGAGUACACCCUUCGGAAACGACUUCCUCACCGCCUGCCCCGGAGGCCCAAUGACAUUUACGUCAACAUGAAGACUGAUUUUAAGGCCCAGCUAGCCCGCUGUCAAAAGCUGCUGGACGGAGGCAGUAGGGGGCAGAGCGCAUGCACUGAGAUCUACAUUCAUGGCUUGGGCCUGGCCAUUAACCGCGCCAUCAACAUCGCCCUGCAGCUGCAGGCAGGCAGCUUUGGCUCCCUACAGGUGGCCGCCAAUACCUCCACCGUGGAGCUGGUGGAUGAGUUGGAACCAGAGACUGACUCCCGAGAGCCACUGACCAGGAUCCGGAACAACUCGGCCAUCCACAUCCGGGUCUUCAGGGUCACGCCCAAGUAAUGGAAGUGAAGCUGACUUUCAUCCACCAACUCCUUUGUGCACACACAUCCAGGCUCCAUGUGGCUGAGGUUUCUACUGAUUCAUAUGGCUCUUGUUUUGGCAUGGGCCUCUUGUCAGAGCCUUGUAAGAAAAUACAUGUUGCCUCAGCCUAGAGAACUGUAAAUGGAGAGCCCAAGAAGGGAAUCCUCCUUGUCCUGUACAAUAAAAGUAUCAAGUUGUGUUGGU